AUGAUUAUUGUUGGUGUUCUUUUAGUUAGUUUCACACUUUUAAGUCACAUGAAUCAGUUCUUACAUCUUUUUGAAAGUCCAACCUUUGAGAUAUAUCCGGAACUGGGGCGUGACUCACAGUUAAUGACUGAUCCACUUGGUUUUCAAUACUUACACAGCAUUUAUACAUUUUCACUAAAUCCUUGCUCUGAAACAAACACAAAUAUGAAGGUUGUCUUCGUUAUCUUCUUUUUCUUCCUCUUCCAAUUUUGUAUCUCUGUGGAUACAAUUAUGAGAAGACAGUCCUUGAGAGAUGGUGAGGUUAUACUCUCCGCAGGGAAGAGAUUCGCGUUUGGAUUCUUCAGUCUUGGGGAUUCAGAGCUCCGGUAUGUUGGGAUUUGGUAUGCUCAAAUCUCUCAACAGACUAUUGUUUGGGUUGCAAACAGAGACCAUCCUAUUAAUGACACCUCUGGGAUGGUAAAGUUCAGCAACAGAGGCAAUCUCUCUGUCUAUGCAUCUGACAAUGAAACAGAGCUUAUCUGGUCAACAAAUGUUUCAGAUAGUAUGUUGGAACCAACUUUAGUUGCUACACUCUCUGAUUUAGGCAACCUUGUUCUGUUUGAUCCAGUCACAGGGAGAAGUUUCUGGGAGAGCUUUGAUCACCCUACAGACACGUUUCUUCCGUUUAUGAGAUUGGGAUUCACACGAAAAGACGGUUUGGAUCGCUCUCUAACAUCAUGGAAGUCUCAUGGUGACCCUGGUUCUGGAGACUUAAUACUGCGGAUGGAACGUAGAGGGUUUCCACAGUUGAUUCUGUACAAAGGUGUAACCCCAUGGUGGCGUAUGGGGUCAUGGACCGGGCAUAGGUGGAGCGGGGUGCCUGAAAUGCCAAUAGGGUACAUCUUCAAUAACUCAUUUGUGAAUAAUGAGGACGAAGUAUCCUUCACUUACGGUGUGACAGAUGCUUCGGUCAUAACAAGAACCAUGGUGAACGAGACUGGAACCAUGCACCGGUUUACAUGGAUUGCGAGGGACAAGAGAUGGAAUGAUUUCUGGUCAGUUCCUAAAGAGCAGUGCGAUAACUACGCUCAUUGUGGCCCUAACGGUUACUGUGAUUCCCCUAGCUCAAAAACGUUUGAGUGCACAUGCCUACCUGGUUUUGAGCCCAAGUUUCCCCGGCAUUGGUUCUUGAGGGACUCUUCUGGCGGGUGUACAAAGAAAAAGAGAGCUUCAAUAUGCAGUGAGAAAGACGGGUUUGUGAAGUUAAAGCGCAUGAAGAUUCCCGACACAUCAGAUGCAAGUGUGGAUAUGAACAUAACAUUGAAGGAGUGCAAACAGAGGUGCUUGAAGAACUGCUCUUGUGUCGCUUACGCAAGUGCUUACCACGAGAGUAAAAGAGGAGCAAUAGGAUGCUUGAAAUGGCAUGGUGGUAUGUUGGAUGCAAGGACAUACUUGAACUCGGGACAAGAUUUCUACAUACGUGUAGACAAGGAAGAGUUAGCGCGGUGGAACAGAAAUGGCUUAUCAGGGAAGAGGAGAGUCCUUCUGAUUCUUAUCAGUUUGAUUGCAGCCGUAAUGUUACUAACUGUCAUUUUGUUCUGUGUUGUAAGGGAGCGACGAAAGUCAAACAGGCAUAGAAGCUCUUCGGCAAACUUCGCCCCGGUCCCUUUUGAUUUUGACGAAUCAUUUAGAUUUGAACAAGACAAGGCGAGAAACCGGGAGUUACCUUUAUUUGAUCUUAACACGAUCGUUGCAGCAACAAAUAACUUCUCUUCCCAAAACAAGCUUGGAGCAGGUGGUUUCGGACCUGUUUAUAAGGGCGUGUUACAAAACCGUAUGGAGAUAGCGGUGAAGAGGUUGUCGAGAAACUCGGGACAAGGAAUGGAAGAGUUCAAGAACGAGGUCAAGCUGAUAUCAAAGUUGCAGCAUCGAAAUCUCGUGAGGAUCUUAGGAUGUUGCGUUGAAUUGGAAGAGAAGAUGUUGGUAUACGAGUAUUUACCAAACAAGAGCCUAGACUAUUUCAUAUUCCAUGAAGAGCAGAGAGCAGAGUUGGAUUGGCCAAAAAGAAUGGAGAUAGUCCGAGGGAUUGCUCGUGGAAUCUUAUAUCUUCAUCAAGAUUCAAGACUGAGAAUCAUCCACAGAGAUCUCAAGGCCAGCAAUAUACUUCUUGACAGUGAAAUGAUCCCAAAGAUUUCAGAUUUCGGCAUGGCUAGAAUCUUUGGGGGCAACCAAAUGGAAGGAUGCACAAGUAGGGUCGUCGGAACAUUGUGAGUUACUCUUUUCUGAAACACCACAAAACUGUCCAAAAUCUUACAACCUUAAACUGUUUCAAUCUUGUUGCACAGCGGAUAUAUGGCACCGGAGUAUGCAAUGGAGGGACAGUUCUCCAUUAAAUCCGACGUCUAUAGCUUUGGAGUAUUGAUGUUAGAGAUCAUAACCGGAAAGAAAAACAGUGCUUUCCACGAGGAAUCAUCUAACUUAGUCGGACAUAUUUGGGAUCUAUGGGAAAACGGUGAAGCAACAGAGAUCAUAGACAAUUUAAUGGACCAAGAGACUUAUGAUGAGAGAGAAGUGAUGAAGUGCAUACAAAUUGGGUUGCUCUGUGUGCAAGAAAACGCUUCGGACAGAGUAGACAUGUCCUCUGUUGUCAUCAUGUUGGGUCAUAACGCCACUAAUCUUCCGAAUCCAAAGCAUCCUGCGUUUACUUCCGCGAGAAGGAGAGGCGGUGAAAAUGGUGCUUGUCUUAAGGGACAAACCGGUAUUUCUGUUAAUGACGUUACCUUCAGCGACAUUCAAGGUCGUUAAAACAACUUCCAAAUGUUUUACUUUUUUUCGUAUAAGAAGAGAAGAAGACUAGAGGAUCAGUUACAGGAAUCAGGAAUCUUAUUAACUCUGUAAGUUUGUGUAAUGAGACUGGUUUUUUGACAAAACUUAUUUAUUGAAGUACUGAUAACAAAAGAAAGAAAAUGACUAAUAAUAAAACCAUUGCUAAAAACAAAACACAAAAAGGAAAU